UCCGUAUGUCACAACCAUUUUUGGUGGCCUGCACGCAGGCAAGAUGGUCAUGCUGCAGGGAGUGGUCCCUCUACGUGCCCACAGGUUUCAGGUGGACUUCCAGUGUGGCUGCAGCCUGUACCCCCAGCCAGACAUCGCCAUCCACUUCAACCCUCGCUUCCACACCACCAAGCCCCAUGUCAUCUGCAACACCCUGCACAGUGGACGCUGGCAAAGGGAGGCCCGCUGGCCUGGCGUGGCCCUGCAGAGAGGGGCCAGCUUCCUCAUCCUCUUUCUCUUCGGGAAUGAGGAGGUGAAGGUGAGUGUAAACGGAAGGCACUUUCUCCACUACCGCUACCGGCUCCCACUGUCUCGGGUGGACACCCUGGGCAUAUUUGGUGACAUCUUGGUGAAGGCCGUUGGGUUCCUGAAUAUUAGUCCAUUUGUGGAGGGCAGCAGAGAGUAUCCCACUGGAUACCCCUUCCUGCUGCAGAGUCCCAGGCUGCAGGUGCCCUGCUCACGUGCUCUUCCUCAGGGCCUCUGGCCGGGGCAGGUCAUCAUAGUUUGGGGACUGGUCUUGCAAGAGCCAAAGGAGUGCUGCUCCUGUGCCAGGAGGGAGGGCUGAAGCUGGCACUCAAUGGACAGCCGCUGGGGUCCACCAGCCUGGACCAGCAGACCCUGGAGAGGCUGCGGGAGGUCCGCAUCAGUGGAAGCAUCCAGCUCUACUGUGUCCAUUACUAAGGAGGAUUCCAAAGGGACCCCGGCCAGAGAGAGGAUGGCCAGUCCACUCCCAGGGCCUGUGGUGGGGCCCCACUCUGCUGCCUUCAUUAAACUGUCCUCCUGUCACCAUC